CGACUCGAAUGUGGACCCGUUUGCCUCUGAAAACACUUUCAAAGUGAGUCCAGUGCUGCCCGCUUUUUUGCAAUAAUGGAAAAGAGUUGAAUUCCAUCGUCUUGUGAUUUCGAGAGAAAACAAAAGGUAGAACACAACACACAUUGAUGAAAGAUUUGCGCGCCUCGUGAGCUACUUGUACUUUUCAGUUGUUGCCGGGCCACACAUCACGCUAGCAAAAGACGGACUCAUCAGUCAACUCCGCGCUUUAUCGGCCAUAAUUUUAUCCGCCCUAUUUUUUUUUUGUUUUGUUUUUUGUUUUUUCGUUUGAUUGUUUUCUCUGCUAUUCUCUGGCGAGCAGUGGUAGCGUGUCCGGCAAUUGCUUCCAAACGGCAUUGACGGAUCGUAAGCAAGAGCCGAUCCAUUUCCUUGCGUGCGGUCCGAAUAGGAAAGUGUGUUGCCAUCUCGAUUUUUGGUUCGUUGAGACACAAAAAGAAACGGACGGUUUUGACUAGGCAAAAAAAAAAAAAAAAAAAAAAACAAUGGCCGGCCAAUGGAACAGCAGCAAAAGUUAUUGGAAAUGGCUGCUCUACCUUUCCAUUUUGUUGGCCAUUUUGGCUGAAGGCGAAGGCCAGCAACAACAGCAAGUACAGCGGCAAGAGCAACAAAGACAACGACCCAUCAGGGAUGGAACUCGUCGUCAACGAAGACAUCGAACGGACAAAGCCAAACUGAUCCAGCAUUACCUCAAGAAAAACGGCCGAUUGGAAGGAAUGGUCCGUAUCGUUGACGGUGUCCAUCCCAACGAAGGGAACGUUGAGAUUUAUCAUUCGGGCAAAUGGGGAUCCAUUUGCGACGAUGAGUGGGAUCUUCGUGAAGCGACGGUUGUCUGCCGUGAGCUGGGCUUCUCCGACGUCGUCCUAGAAACGCACAACUCCAUGUACGGUCCUGCCAGGUAUCCGUUUUGGAUGGACAACCUCUACUGCGUCGGAAGUGAAAAUAACUUGACGGAUUGCCGCUUCGAUGGUUGGGGCAUCAGCGAUUGCGAAGAAUCAGAAGCCGCUGGCGUCAUUUGCAAACCUGGCCCUUUAUCCAAAUUGAGCGUCGCGACAACAACGAUGAGUCCCACGACGACAUCAACAACAACGACGACGACGACGACGACGACGGUCAAGACAAUAUCUAAUAGUAGCGAUAGCAGCGCUGGCGAUGCAUCAGUGACGAAACGUCUGCAACAAGAUAUGGCUCCAGCUAUGCGCAUCAAGGAUGUUGUCGGCAGUAAAAGCAAGAUCCGCUUACGCGGCGGCCGGGCCAAAGAAGAAGGACGCGUUGAAGUCAAAAUCGGCGCCAACGAUUGGGGACUCGUUUGCGGCGACGGUUGGAGUUUAUUUGAGGCUGGCGUCGUGUGUCGCGAAUUGGGACUUGGCUACGCGCAAAACGCUUUGCAGACGGAUUUUUUCGGUGGCAAUCGCAGUUCGCUCGUCCUCAGUGGCGUCCGUUGUCACGGAUCGGAGAAAUCUCUCAUCGACUGUCUGCACGAUCGUUUCGGCGCCGUCAGCUGUCCAGGCUCCGCCAACAACAUCGCGUCCGUCGUCUGCGCUUCAGAAAUGGCGGACUUGGUGCCGGACCACCUGGAAAUGAUGCGGACGGCCCACCUGGAAGACCGUCAGCUCUUCUUCUUGCAGUGCGCCAUGGAGGAGAAUUGCCUGGCAGCGUCGGCCUACCAAGUGCAAAAGGACGACCCGUACGGAUGGCACCUGGAGACGCGACGUCUCCUCCGCUUCACGGCCCGCAUCGCCAACCUGGGCACCGCCGACUUUCGGCCUUUCAUUCCCAAACACAUGUGGGAAUGGCACGCCUGUCACAUGCACUAUCACAGUAUGGAAGUGUUUGCCCAUUUCGACAUCAUCAACUCUUCCGGGGUGAAAGUGGCCGAGGGACACAAAGCCUCUUUCUGCCUGGAGGACAACCAGUGCAGCAACUACGCCGAGCCGGUCUACAAGUGCGCCAACUACGGCGACCAGGGCAUCUCCGUCAACUGCACCGACACUUAUGCCUACAACAUUGAUUGCCAGUGGAUCGACAUCACCGACAUUGAUCCCGGCAUCUACACUUUCAAGGUGGUGAUCAAUCCGGAAUUCAAGGUGGCCGAAAUGUCGUUCGACAACAACGCCGUCGUCUGCACGCUCUACUACGGACAACAAUACGCCACGCUCUUCAAUUGUUCACUCCAACGUCCUUGAAAAUGUCUUCAUUUUCUUUAACCUAUUUUUUUUUGUUUCGUGUUUAGUUUAUUUUCAAAAAUCGAAAAGAAAUGGAAGCGCUGCGUCCGUCAUAUCCGCUCGUCCGAAAACAACAAUUUCGUGCGGGACUGGAACGGAAAUUAAAAAUAACUAUCGUGCCUUAAUUGUAGCACCUUGGUGCCGCAAGAAUUUUCAUUAAGACGGUUGACGAGUUGUUGUUAUUUGGGCAGGAUUUGCAUGGCGUCAAAUGCGCACGUUCAUCUAGUUGAUUCGAUUUUGUCUUUUGAUUCUUUAUUUUGAAUGAAAACGCCGCAAUGUGUUCUAUUCUGGCCGAUGAGUUUUUCAUUGGCGCCCAAAAAUUUGUGUCUAGUUUUUCUUUUCUGAUGGCUAAACAAUUCGUUUCAAUGUGUUCAACUUGUCUGCAACUAUCGAUCGUCUCUUAGUACAACGCGACGCAUUUGAAUCGUCGUCGUCAUUUGCCAAUGAGAGAAACCAAUCGAUUUUCUUUUUUUUUUUUUGUAUUUCAAAUUGUUUCCCGAUUUGAAAGAGCGUCGUCUCUGUUUGUGCCAACUUCUUCUUCUUCAUUAGGCUUAUUCUAACUACCUUUUUUUUUGCCUUGUAUUCCCGCCGUAUGACGACCUUAUUUUAGACAACAACGUUUUCAUGUUUCAUUGUCGAGACGACAAAUACACGGAUCGUGUUCUUUUCUCUUUCAAAA